UGGGCGACCCGCCUCGCACCCGCUGCGUUGCGCGCGCUCUACGUCGGAGUGCCGGGAGUUGGUGUUUCCGCCCAUUCAUCCUCGCGCGGCUGGCCCUCGGUUGUCUGACUCCGUGCGCUAUAAAGGGCUGACGGCGUUGCUAGAAUGAAGCUCGUGAGAUUUUUGAUGAAAUUGAGUCACGAGACUGUAACCAUCGAGUUGAAGAACGGAACUCAGGUUCAUGGCACGAUCACAGGUGUAGAUGUCAGCAUGAAUACCCAUCUUAAAGCUGUGAAAAUGACCCUGAAGAACAGAGAACCUGUACAGCUGGAAACACUGAGUAUUCGAGGAAAUAACAUUCGGUAUUUUAUUCUGCCAGACAGCUUACCUCUGGAUACACUACUUGUGGAUGUUGAACCAAAGGUGAAAUCUAAGAAAAGGGAAGCAGUUGCAGGAAGAGGCCGAGGCCGAGGAAGAGGAAGAGGACGUGGCCGGGGCAGAGGAAGAGGGGGUCCUAGGCGAUAAUCUCUCUCAAGAUUACUACUUUGAAGUGAUACGUGAUCUGGGAUAUUUUUUUGUACAGGUUUUGUUUAUGUCAGUUUUUAAUAAACAUAAAUGUAGGACAGAA